AUGCACAGUUAUGUCAUUUGAUCUGACAAAACAAAGAUGACUUAGACUUAAUUUUAACAAUUUAAAAGUGAAUGAAAAUAAUGAUAACAUGCCUGAUUGUACCAACAUGCUGAAGCCUCUAACACUACAGCAGUAGCGUGUCUAACAGUCAGGGGUACGCCCAUUAUUGACAGUGUGACCAUCAUGACCAUGCAGCUUAUGCCAACCAUAGCGGGCUGGCUUACUGGAUUACAGACAAUAAUGUUUCAUUUCAAUGGAUGAGUCGGAUGCAUAUGCCCUGAGUGCAGCUAACCAGCGGAGGGUAAGACCGAGGGGCAAUCCAGGGGGAUCCUUUGAUGUUCUGGUAGCGUACGACUCUGACAUAUAUGUACCAGAGUCAGUGACUGACCAGUCCAACAGGAGCGAGGAGACACUGCGAGAGCUUGCCGGACUGUCCCAGAUCAGCCCCUCGUCAGCCAAUACUGCAAGGCAAGACUACCAGGAAGUGUCGCUUGUUCAGGGCAGAGAAGUGAGCCACAUCCGCGAAGUACCCGUUAGAGAUGUAGACAGUGAUAUUGGCAUUCGGGAAAAUCCUCCUCUGAGCAGGGUACAAGUUCCUCUUGAAACCCAGCAUCAGUUUGAUUUAUUUUCUUCGACCUCUUUACCACCAUCACCUGACAGGCUGACUUCCUCAGUCAGGCCCAACGCACCACAACACCUCAACUCGUCUGAGCCCCUCGUCCAAGGGGACAGAAACUCGGCCCGGUAUCUUCGCAUUCUCGUGCCACAACAGGAUACCAGCUCUCAGCCACUCUUUUCCCCAGAUUUCCACCACACCCAGCCAAGCUACAGCAGGAACACUUCCCACAACUUCAGCGAGACAGAGCUUUUUGACAGCCUGCCCAGCACUGCAGAGAACCUCCUCCUGGAGAGUCCCAGUGACUCCCCUGCCCACUUCAGCCAACUGCGCCUGGCCCUCAACAGCUUAGAAUCGGACGGAGAGACCUUCCUCUCUCUGGACGACAGCAUCAGUGAGCCACAGCCAAGCCUGACCAGCGGCUCAAGCAAGCUACCUUCCAGACAGCAAAGCCGUCAGCAAAAACUCCCAAGUCAGGGCAAAACAUCCGAGAAAUCACAAUUUUCGGAAAGUGGCCUUGAGCAGGAACUCAAAAGAUUAGUGGUGCAGAUAUAUUCUGAAAAGGCAACAGAGUUUGUUCCUAUUGCUGGACUGUCACUUGGCCAUCUUUCAGCAAGUACUGUAAGCAAAGAUAAGCAGUCACACACCAUGGAUGACAGUCAUGCUACCCUUGUUGACUACCAAGAUGAUGUGCUAUCAUCAGGUGCCAUGAGCUCUGGAACACUACCAGAUAUUCCUCAUGGGGAGAUGGGGGAUAAUACAGGGAGAAGCCAGCCAUUUCUCUCAGGGGGCCAGCCUCAGCAACCCAGUGGAGUCUCACUAGGUGACCUGUCUAAUCUGUCGUCUACCGCUGAUGCAUUAGCCCUACAACGCUCUGUCAUCGGUAAAAGCCCAACCAAACCAGCAUCAAUGGAAGAAAUAGCCGCGGCGAUUGCAGCAGCAGAGAAACAGUACCGACAGAGACUACAACACUACAAACAGCAACAGCAGUCAGCACCUCCUAACCAGAGUCCUGAACAACUGCACAAUGGCAGUCCAGCCUUCAACAGGGAAAACUUGGAUGAGAUGCCAACCCGCCUUCCAGCGACCCCACCAAAGCAGGCCUCGGACACCGAGGACAACCUGAACCAUACAGACUCCAGCACUGGACCCACCAACACCACUUCAGAAGCCUUGGCAAAAACCAAACCGGUACCCACUACCACCAGAGUGCGUCCUGGCUCCCUCAUUGGACAGAAUACAGGACUUGCUGUCAGCAGUGCAGUGGGGACCAAAUUUGGAAUCCCGCCCUCAAGUAUGGACCAUAGCCCCUCUCCUAUUGAGACAGCUAACAAAGAGCGUAUUCUGUUUCGCAGUCCUGUACAAGCCAUCACAACAACACGAGGUGGUAGAACAGUGUCUGUUCACAAACCCAGUCACCAGAAAGGGGACGGCAAGACAUCAAGAAAUACCUCCAAGAAGGUCGAUAACCAAGUCUAUGCCUCGCCAGCUGAGAUGAAGGCAUCCAUUGCUUCCAAGAGCAGUGACCCACCGGCAGAAACCAAGCCAGGCAAACCCACUCAGAGUUUUGUGGCCGUGAUGGCAGCAGAGGAUCGAUUUGAGGUUCAGGAGAUAGGCAUAGAGCCGAACUCCGAGGUCAUUGUAACCCGUGACCUUCAGAGUGUCGGAAAGAGACACCUUAGUGGUGAGGAUCUUCAAACCGCAGCAUCACAUUUGCAACCGGAAAUCGCCCAGCAGUAUCCUGAAGCUAGGUCAGAUCAAAUGACCAAGGAGGAUCAACCCAAACAGUCUUUUUUGGGAUCUUUCUUCCAGUGGGGUAAGAAGCAGGACCCUGAACCCCAACCUCAACAUAGCCUUAGUCUCCCAGGUGUCUCACAACCCAGCUCUCCACCACCAGCAGCUGUAGCAGCAAGCAAUGCCACGGAUCAUACCAUCAACACAAAGUCCCCCCGUGCUGGUCUAGGACAGCAGGCAGCCGCAGAAAGCCAGGACUCUGGGAUAGACCUAGUGCCAGUGCCAAGCAGUGUGGGAGAGGUGUUUCAUGCUGAGUUUGAGCCGGUCCAUUCUUCCACACCUGUCAAGCACAGACUUGGAAGUAAUGGCCCUGUCGCAAGGAAAGAGGUGGCAUCACCUGAUGUCGCUAAUCAGGCACUGCAGUCCAAUGAGGUAGACUCUGAUGAGGAAACUGACUCUAGGAUUCAGGCAUCACGUCUCAGACCAGUAAGAGAGCCACCCAUUCAGCAUCAACCUCUGGUCACAAAGGAUAGUCCCCAGCAACCCAGUAAGCCUCUGGUGACCCGAUCCAACCAUGUGGGAAACAGCACACCUGGAGCCAGCGUGCGUAGGAGAGACUUGCACAAAAUGCCAACGACAUCACUGACGUCAGUCUACGGGUCACUGAAGACUUCCAGUCCUCAUUAUAGUGCAACACCGAUCGACCACGCCGACUUACAGAGUGUGUUACGUGAGAAGGCCAACCUUGAGGGAAGGUUGGAGACAUUGGCAGCAGAGACAGAGUCAGCCCUGCAGCAGCGAGCGGAGAUGCAGACCCAGGUUGCUUCGCUUCAGGCUCAGCUCAAGGCAAAUGCCUCUGCUGCCGACACAGCACAACAGCAGCUCUCGGCCAUGGACAGUGAUAUGGCCGCUGCCAUGCAAAACCAGGCACAGCUGGAGCAAGCCCUGUCAGCGCUACAGACCAGCUUAGAUAGCAAAGAGGAAGAUUUAGAGGCUCUGCAGAGGGAACUGCAAGCCUCAGAGGUGACAAGUCAGAGGCUGAAUGCCAGGAUGGAAGAGUUCAGAGAAGCCAUGGACACCAAAGAAGCAACGAUUGCUACGCUGAAAGACAAGAUUGCUGCCGUACAAAAGGAGGCUGAAAAGGCCCACCAAGAACGGACACAACAUUUGGCCGAACUCAAGACACUACAGGGAGAUGUGGAAUCUUUGACUAGUGCCAAGGAAUGGUUUCAGGAACAGCUGCAGACAGCUCAGGAAAUGCGCGGCAAGCUCCAGAAAGAUCUCACCGAGACGCAGAAUGAGGCCAAGAAGCACGGGGCAGCUGUGGAGACCCUGAAGGCUGAGAAAGCACAGCUGAUGCACCAGCUGUCUGAGACCCGGCAGCAGGCACUCAAGGAGAAGGAGCUGAUCGCCCAGCACCUGGAGACCAUCGAGGCAGACUUCCUGGCCCGGGAGGCUGCCUUCCAAGACCUCCAGAAGGAGAAAGUAGCUGUCCAAGAAGCUGUCGCAUCCAAGAUGGACCAGAUGAAUGAAGAGAGAUUGAAACUUUCCAACUUGAUAGCCAGCUGCGUGGAGCUGGAGAGACAGCUGGACAGGACUCAGAAGGAGCUGGCAGAUAAACAAGCUGAUGUUAGUAACCUUGAAGCUGAAAAGAAAGAAAUGGUGAAGAAACUUGCCCUAGUUCAGGAGUCUCUGCUUGCUCGAGACAAGGAGUUAGAGGCAUUACAAGAAAAGUGUAUUGAUGCUGAGUUAAAGGUUAAAGAGCUCCAAAACAGUGCUCUGGAGCAAGAAGGGUCCCUGCAGAGCUACCGGGCUGAGAAGGCAGCCUUGGAAGCCGCCCUGGCCACAGCUAACCAGGAAAAGAGGGCCUUUGACGAGGCUCUCCAAAACCUGAGGCAAGACAUGGGGAAGGUUGAGCAGGGCUUCCAUCAGAUGAAGCAGGACUUAGGCAAGAAGGAUACCCAGAUGGAGUCCUUGCUGCGGGACAAGGAGGAUCUCCAGAUGCAGCUGAGAGAUGCGGAAGAGCAGCUGCAGCAUCAUCAGCGGAGCAUGAGCACCUUCCAGGAGGACAUGAGCAGCAAGGAAGACCUCCUCAACGAACUGAACAGAGUCAAGGAUGCCAUGGAAGACGAGGUGGCUCUGCUCAGGCAGCUUCUUGAGGCAUCCAAGAAGUCCAACCAGGAGUCCCAGGCCGUCAGCGCGGGCCUCCAGGAUGAACUUGCCCACAGCCGAGGCGAGCUGAAGGACCUGGAGGCCCAGUUGGAGUCGGCGAUGACAGAGAAUGCCCACCUUGAGGGCCAGCUGGAAAUGAUGGCCGACGAGCAGCAGCGCUUCUCCAACCUCCUGGACGAGAAUGCCAGGCUGAAGCAGAAGCUGGCUGAGACACAGAGCACCACCCACCGAGAGCUGGCUGAUGAGCGGGCCAAGGCUCUGCGCCUGGGGUCAGACCUAGCAGCCACCCAAAAGGAGCUGAAGGAGAAGCAGCGCGUGUACGAGUCGGCAGCAAGCACGUUGACCAAGAAGCUGAAGGAGGCCAUGGACGCAAAGCAAGCCGCUGAAGCUGACAUCGAAGCCCUGCGGCGGGACGAAGUGGCCAGCAACAUAGAAAUACAGAAUCGCCUGACUGCUCAGCUGGAAACCACCAGGAAAGAUCUCUCAGAUGCCCAACAAGAGAGGGAUGACCUGAUGAGGCAGCUGGAAGAGCUCAAACAGCAAAUGGAAGAGGAAACAACAGCUUACAAGGAGAAAAUGGCAGACCUGGAAAACCAACUGCAGGCCCUUAAGGAGUUAUGUGAGCAACAACAACGAAAUGAAGAGGCCAAUCGUAGGAUGGCCCUGGAUCUAGAAAGAGAAAGAGGCCGACUGGCAGGUGUUCAACAGAGUCACUCCGCCUUGAAGCAGCAUGCCAACCUCUUGGAGGCAGCCCUGGGCCGGCGGGAGACCACGUUGGCUGAAAUGGCUGCCCAGAUGACCACCAACAGCCAAGACUGUGCGGCUGAGCUAGACCGUCUCCGAGCCAAGCUUCGGGAUGAAACCCAGGCUCUGAGGAAAGAGAAAGAAGCCAACAAAGGGCUUCAGAAGCAGGUUGCUCAUGGGAAAGCUGAGAUUGGUAGACUACAAUGUGACAUCCAGGAUCAGGGAACAGUGUUGGAAGAAACAAGGAUGUUACAAGACAAACAGGCUGACAAGCUGCAGACACUGCGGGAAGAACUCAAUAAGAGUAUACAGCAUGAGGAAGAACAGAAAGCUAAGACUGAGGAGGUCAGAGGUCAGCUUGAAGAGGCCAAAGGUCAACUUGGACAAUUGAAGAGGCAACUUCUGGAGAAGCACUCCAGAGAUCCUGUCGUAGCUGAACAAAUCAAGGCCCUGGAAUGGGAGAGUGAGCAGAGAGGGCGUGAAGCCCAAGCCGUGAAAGAGCAACUGGAGCUAGCUGAGCACAGACAGAAGAUAGAGAUGGACAACGCCCAGGCUACCAUACAGAUGGGAAGAAAAGAGCUCGAGGCACUGAAGGCAGAGUUGGCUGCUACACGCAAGGAGAAGUUUGCUUAUCAAGGAAAACUGAGUCAGUUCAAGUCAGCGCUGAAGGCCACGCUGCAACAAAACAAGCUUCUGAAGGCCAAGUUGAGAUCACGACAGAAGGACAGAAAUACUGCAGCUAGCCCCAAGAUGGCCGCUGGACCGGUUGCUAGCAGCGACGUUACCAUGGUACCCGAUGACAUCAUAGUGCCUGAAAUCAGCGUGGACGUGGAGGCGUUGCUGAGUAGUGAUGACAAGGAUGGAAUAACCGCAGCCAGUAGCAAACCCCUGGCAGCACUACGAGGCUGUUUGCAAUCAGUCAAGGAUCAGAUGGGAGGACUACAGCAACAGAUGGAUAAGCACACCUCGGCUGUCAACUCCUCCUCCAAAGCAUGGAAGGACGUUGAGUCGAAAGUUCGUGACCUGCGCAAGUCAUGCAUGACCCCACUCGAUGGUUCAUCCACUCCACCCAGCAAAACCUCAAGGCGUUCAUCGCCAGCCGCCCCCCCAGACACGCCCUUGGCCACACCCAAGAUGCCUCAGGCCACGCCUGCAAACAACUUGCCACGACCAACUCCGGCAUCGAUGACCUUUCCCAGCUUGCCAAACGUCCAUGACAUUUAACCCUUGAACUCUGACAUCAUGUAAAUGAUGCAGCCAGUGCCAGUAAGUGGAUUUUGUCAUGUUCAUGUUUUUAAACAUUCUAAACGCCAAGAUUGUAAACACUUGAUGUCAUUUUAUGUUGCAGUUCUGGAAGCUAAUAUGGUGUGCAUGUACAGUACUUUUAAGUUGUCACAUUUAGCAAAUUAUUACCAGGAUUCAAGCCCAUGACAUUGUACCCAGAAUCCCUUUAUGUGUUAGGUUACUAAUGCACUAUCAAGGGAUAUUAUUCUUUCCUUCCAAUAAUAUUGCUUUCUGCUAAAGAUUGUAGUAUUUACAGUGGAACGCCGUUAUAACGAACAAGAUGGGGUCCACGCUAAAUGUUUGGUACAGCGGUCGUUCGGUAUAGCGAAUUUAACUGCCGAACGUUUCGUUUCCAU